AUGGCUUCUUGCUUCUCACUCAGCCCAUCCUUGUCACUCAGCCGUCCAAUUGAUCGGAAAUGGUUUGCCGGGAUUUCCAAUUAUCCGAUUGUCAGAAAACUGAUGGAUGGAUCUUGUUCUUCUGCCCAAUAUUAUAGGUUUAGGUUUAACUCCUCGUUUUAUUCGAAAGGCAUGAAAACGUUGGCCGAGCCUGUGUUAUCGCCGCCUUUACCGACACAAAACCCAUCAUCCUCGCCAUCUCCUUGGCUUAUGCUGCCGCCCGCCUUUGACGUCGACGGUAGCGGCGCCACCACCAGGAGCUACAAAUUCUACACCCUCGCCGACAACAAAAUCGUAACCCUAACCACUGGAAAAAGCAGCAAAGAAAGAGAAGAAGUACCAUGGUCUCCCAUGUGGUUUAGGGGAUCUUCACACGGCUGGCUCGCUUCAUUCUGCCCCCGAAGCUGCCGUCUGUUUCUCUAUAAUCCCAUCUCCCGUCGACAUAUAAACCUCCCUUCCCUUGCCGACCUUCCCAGUUUCCCACCCACCGAUUUCCCUACCGCAUACAAGGUCAUCCUCACGUGCUCCCCUGACGACGACGGACCAAAUUGCCGGGCCGUGAUGAUUUAUAAUAACAAUCACGGGCUAGCUUUCUGCUGCCCUGGGUUCAGCAAUGAGUGGACCCGAAUCGGAGAUCACCACUGGUUUGAUGAAAAAAAGGGAAAGUCCUUUGCAAUGGGGUACAUUGAUUGUGUCUACUCGACAAGACACAAAGCAUUGUUUAGCCUCGCAUCAAACGGCGUGUUGGAUUCUUGGGAUCUUCGGGACCCUCAGUCACCGAGGGUUGUAAGGAUAGCCGAUGUUAGUGAGACGAGAGUAUGUCUUGGCUACCCGAGGACAAAGAAAGAGAAGAAGAUGCGGCUGACGAAAGGUUCACUGGAGCAUCUGGUAGUGGCUGGGAAGGAUCUUCUUGUGGUGACUCAACACGUGGGUGAUGCAUUUGAAUUUGAUGGAUUGUAUUUCGAUGCCAAUGACCCGGAUCAGGAUGAGGAUGACUUCUAUCGAGGACUUCUCCCUGUGACUGUUGAUUUUGAUGUUUAUAGAUAUGAGCCUGAGGAUGGGGAACUUAAGUAUGUGACGUCUUUGGGUGGUUGGGCCAUUUUUGUCGGCUUCAGCAGCGAUGCAGUCGCGUUGCGGGCGGCCGAGUUCCCGGAGCUCAACCCCAAUUCGAUUUACUUCACGGAUGGAAUGGAAGAUGUGCUGAUUGACAAUUACCCAACUGGUGGCCAUGACAUUGGCGUUUUCAAUUAUGAGAACAAGACUGUGUCGCCGUACUAUUAUCCAUGUGAUACCAACAACAUGAGAAAGACUUUCCCAGCGCCUAUGUGGUUCUUCCCAAGUCAGUGA